AUGACUAAGGCUACCAUACCUGAACAGUUAGCCUUUGGAGCAAGUGAAGGGAAGACUCUAGCUGAUGUCUCAGGCUGGUUUGGGCCUACUCCAGCGCCACCUGUCGCUCCAGACUUGAACACCAAACUCGUGGAUGCCAUCUCUUCACUUGUGGAGAAAUGCCAAGCCACGCCUAUGGACGGACUCGGCUAUCGUAAACUUCGCUUGUUCUCCGGUGUGAAACCAACUCCACCGGGAGAGGAAGAGUAUGAUGCCUGGGCUGAGCAGACCACUCACAUGUUGGAUGAAUGGCAGUGUUCAGAUAUUGUCAAGAAGCAGAGGAUAGCUGAGAGUCUCAAAGGGCCAGCAGCAGACAUUGUCCGGUGCUUAAGGGUUAGUAACCCCUCUGUCACUGCCGAUGAUUACCUCAAAGCCCUGGAGGCAGCUUUUGGGACCACAGACAGUGCGGCUGAUCUCAUGGUAAGGUUCCGUGGUACAUUCCAGCAGGAAGGUGAGAAACUAUCAGCAUACUUGUUCCGUCUAGACAAACUGUUGCAUGCAGUUCAUCGUAAAGGUGGGGCUGAGGUGGCCGACCUGGACCAAAUUCGCAUUGAGCAGGUUGCACGAGGAGCUCUGUCCCAUGAUCUUGUUGCCAUGCGCAUCCGAACGAUGUAUAAGCUUAAACCUCCUCCAAGUUUCACAGAGUUGCUCCGUGAUGUCCGAGAAGAAGAGGAAAUGAUCCUGGCAAGGCAAACUGCCUCCGAUGGCAUACCACAGCAGACCAUGCAGAAUCUCAAUCCGAAGGGUACAGGGACCUUGUAUGCCUGCGGAAGGGAGGGUGCUCCCAGACCCCAGUAUCGUGCUGGUGUUUUUUGCUAUCGAUGUGGUGAAGAUGGGCAUUUCCAGCGAGAGUGUCCUAAUCCAGAGAACCUUCGAAAGUAUUUGAAGCACUUGCCUUUGACCCCUAUCGAGUGCCUAGAGAUUUGGGGCCUUAGUGUGGAGCAAUAUCCAUAUGAUGGCUAUCUGUGCGUGAAACUGGAGUUCACUGGAGACGUAGUUGGAGUAGUGGAGACCAUAGAAACGCUUGUGCUUGUGUGUCCAGACCCGGUUGCGAAAGGGGAGGUUUCUGGGGUGAUUGUAAUAAAAGAAGCGUAUGAGAAGUUCCAGGAAGCUUCUGACGGCCUGGCCGAGGAAAGGCGAGGGACCGUCUGGUUCACGAGGAGCAAGCCUUUCACUCUGGCCCCAGGGGGUGUUGCUACAGUGAUUGGCACUCCAAAGUUUCCUGGGCACCUGAAUAGUCAGGCCGUGGUUGUAGAUCACCCAGAGGAGGGCCCUUUCCCGGAAGGGCUGCUGGUAAUGCCUGUUGUAGAGGAGCCAGGAACUGUCCAGUGCCGUCACCUCGCAGUCACUUUGAGGAAUGUGUCUCAGCAGCCGGUGACAUUAAAACGUGGAAUGCCUAUUGCGCACCUAUUCCCAGUGGAUGUGAUGAAUAAGGGGCUAGGUAGGGAGGAGACGAUGCCACAUAUGUCUCAACUAUCCCCCUCCUCUUUCAACUUUGGGGACUCUCCUGUGUCUAUUGAGUGGAAGGAUAGACUGUGUUGGAAAAUGAUGGAGAGGAAAGAGGUCUUUUCUUGCAGUGAAUUUGAUGUAGGGUGUGCUAAGAGUACGCAGCACCACAUUCGAGUGACGAAUGAAACGCUCAGAGAGCGUUCUAGACGUUUACCGCCAGGGGAUCUAGAGGAUGUGAGGAAACAUCUCCAUGAUCUAAAGGAGGCUGGAAUCAUCUCAGAAUCUCGGAGUCCUUACGCUUCUCCGAUAGUGGUGGUUCGGAAGAAAAACGGAACCAUACGUAUGUGUGUGGACUACAGAACCCUGAACAGGAGAACAAUUCCUGAUCAGUACACAGUCCCUCGGGUGGAGGAUGCUUUGGCUUGCCUGAGUGGUAGCCAGUGGUUCAGUGUGCUGGACCUCAGAAGUGGUUAUUAUCAGAUCCCUCUGAGCGCGGCAGACAAGGAAAAGACCGCAUUCAUCUGUCCCGCAGGAUUUUACCAGUUUGAGCGGAUGCCCCAAGGGAUAUGUGGGGCCCCAGCAACCUUCCAACGGGUCAUGGAGCGGACUGUAGGAGAUAUGAAUCUUCUGGAAUGCCUGGUGUAUCUUGAUGAUAUUAUUGUAUUUGGGCGAACAUUGGAAGAGCAUGAGCAGCGCCUUCUAAAGGUGCUGGACAGACUAAAGGAGGAGGGACUGAAGUUGUCUUUGGACAAGUGCCAGUUCUGCUGCCCUUCGGUGACUUACCUUGGUCAUGUUGUGUCCAGAGAUGGCAUUGCUACAGAUCCCUCGAAGGUUGACGCAGUGAAGUCGUGGCCACGCCCAGAGAGCAUUACUGCUCUUCGCUCUUUUCUCGGGUUUUGUGGGUACUACAGACGGUUUGUGAAAGAUUUCUCCAAGGUCUGUUAUCCUUUAAAUCAGCUGCUGCAGGGCUGCAUCGUAGCUAGAGGACCAAGAAGAGUGGCAGGGGCUAAGACUGCCUCUCAGCAUGGAAGGAAACCAACAUCAGGUCUGUGUCCAAAGGAGUGGCACCACCCUUCAGAGCCGUUUGGUCCUAGGUGGGAUGAGGACUGCGAGAAAGCUUUUGAAACGCUAAAAAGGAGUCUCACAGAGGCCCCAGUUUUGGCCAUCGCCAAUCCAGGACUGCCUUAUGUGCUACAUGUUGAUGCUAGUAGAGAAGGUUUGGGGGGUGUCCUCUAUCAGGAUCAGGGAGCAGGCCUGCGCCCUGUGGCUUUUGUCAGCAGAAGCCUUACCCCAGCAGAGAAAAAUUACCCCACCCAUAAGCUAGAGUUUUUGGCAUUAAAGUGGGCGAUUACCGACAAGCUGCAUGAUUACCUCUAUGGAGCUAAGUUUGAGGUGCACACAGACAAUAACCCAUUGACUUAUGUCCUGACCACAGCCAAGUUGGAUGCAGCAGGGCAUCGAUGGCUGGCAGAACUGGCCACAUAUGAUUUCAGCCUGAAAGCGAUUGAUCUCAUGGGCUCAUCAAAAGGGGCGGUACCCAAAGCCUAUUGCAACUUGUCUUUCCUGAAUAUUCAGCAGCUGCCCCAACUGACUCCAACAGACCUCUCAUAUUCACAGCAGAAAGACCCCUGCAUUAGCGAAGUGUGGCAUGCGGUUAAUCAGAAGAAUGCCGAGCGUGCCAACAAAGUGAGACAUCCUGAUGUGUCUUUGCUGCUGAAAGAGUGGGAUAAGUUACAGGUUGUGAAUUCCGUAUUGUACAGGAUGAGUAAGCCACCCAACAAGCCGCCUCGCCAGCAACUGUUGCUUCCCCAAGAGUUCCGAGAGACAGUACUCCAGUCUCUACAUGACCAGUCGGGCCAUCUUGGGUUUGAGAAGACCUAUGGGCUGCUACGGGAGAGGUUUUAUUGGCCUCGCAUGAAGACACAGGUUGAAAGGUACUGUAAAAGCUGUCUCAGGUGUAUUCAGAGGAAAACACUGCCCAAGAGAACUGCUGAGUUGUCGCAUCUUCGCAGUGAUGGACCGAUGGAUCUCGUUUGCAUGGAUUUCUUGACGAUUGAGCCUGAUUCCAGCAACCUCUUCAACGUGCUUGUGAUUACAGAUCACUACACCCGCUAUGCUCAAGCUUUUGCAACUAGGGAUCAGAAGGCGGAAACUGUCGCUAAGGCUGUGGGAGAAUACUUCAUCCACUAUGGGCUGCCCAAGAGGGUGCACUCUGAUCAAGGCAGGGAUUUUGAGAGUCGGCUCAUCCAUGAGUUGUUGGGCAUGCUCGGCAUAAAGAAAUCAAGAACUACACCUUACCAUCCUCAGGGCGAUCCCCAGCCGGAGCGGUUUAACCGAACUCUGCUUGAUAUGCUCGGGACCCUUGACGCGCCAGACAAAAGGAAAUGGGGUAAGCACAUUGGCUAUCUCGUACAUGCGUACAACUGCACGCUGAAUGAGUCAACCGGCUACUCGCCGUAUUUCCUAAUGUUUGGUCGAGAGGCUAGGUUGCCAGUAGAUGUGGCAUUUGGAGCAUCGGGUGACGGUACCUCCAACAAAUCCUAUACAAGAUACGUCAAAAACAUGAAGCGUGAGCUUCAAGCUGCAUAUCAGUUGGCUGAGAGUGUGUCGAAAAAGAGGAAUGAAGGGAACAAGCGACAGUACGAUCAGAGGGUCCGUUACUGCCCUUUAGCUCCUGGUGACCGCGUCUUGAUUCGAAAUCUUGGACUGCAGGGGAAGGCCAAGCUUGCUGACCGCUGGAAGGACACCCCUUAUGUUGUGGAGGAUCAACUUCCUGGGUUGCCUGUGUUCAGAUUGAAGCCAGAGGGUGAAUUGGGCCCUGGGAAAGUACUGCACCGCAAUCACAUUCUGCCUAUUGGGCAGGAGGUACGGUGGCGGUCUGAAAAGACUACAGAGGCAUCCAAAUUUAAAAGGAGGGCUAGUAAGCGGCUCCAAACGAGAGAUGAGAGUUGUGGUCGCUCAUGCUUGCCAGCGGUUGAACUGGAAUGUGCAAGGGAGCCUGAGUCUGAUUCAGAAGAAGAAGAAACGGGGGUCUGGUAUGACUGUUAUCCUCAGAGGAGGUCACCGGAGCCAGAGCCUUUAAGCAGUGGAUCUGUUGAACUCGUUGACCUGGAUUUGGGUCUGGAUGUUCUCACGAAUGGCUCAGGGCUGGAAAUGACUGCGGUUGAGGGGCCGGCAGUGAUGGACGUGGAUGGACCCACUGCAACUUGUAGGACGGAUGUUCCGGGAGAUGAAGUCGAGUGUGGUGCUGGGGUACGGACAGCAGAAGAAGUGAGUGAGGGACGGGAUAAUGUCGCAGAGAACUCGGCGGGGUCUGCGCGGCCUCAGCGACUGAGAAGGGCCCCUACCCGACUCACCUAUGAUAAGCUGGGGAGCCCCACUACAGUAGCUGUUAGCACACAUAGAGCUAUUUCAGUUAAGGUUGGGGAAGGUUUCGCUAGUUUCUCUUCACCUCCUAUCCGGAGAUACACCAGCACUUUGUACAAGUGGAUAGGUUGA